AUGGGGAUAUGCAAGAAGGUUUGGAGCAUCUACUUCCUGGUCAAUGCCGAAGGCAAUGUCAUCCCCAGAAGAGGAGAAGCACAACCAGAGCCUGGUGAACCAUUAGAACCACAGGAGGAAGCCCAAGACCCACUCCACCAUGAUUCCCUAGCCCAAGUGCCUCCCUACACUCCACCCCUGCCACAGCCACCUCCACCUCCACAACCACAGCCCUCACCAUCUGUACAGCCAACACCACCCUCACAGCCGCAACCUGUACACAGAUCCCCACUAGAGAGACUACGAAAGUAUGGGGCAAUUGCCUUCAGGGUUAAGAAGGAAGAUGAUCUAGCCGCAGCAGAGUAUUGGAUGGAGAGGACAGAUAGGUUAUUGCAGCAGUUGCAUUACACCCCAAAGCAGCAGUUGGAGCGUGCUCUGUCACUAUUAGAGGAGGAUGCAUAUAGAUGGGGAUCAGCCCCACCACCAACUUGUACACAUUGUGGCAGGCCUCACAGAGGAGAGUGUAGAUUGUUGACUGGUGGAUGUUUUAGAUGUGGGUCUACGUAUCACUUCUUGAAGGAUUGUCCACAGAGGAAUGCUAGUGUUCCCACUGCUCGACCCCAGAUGGAAAGGGCAGUUGAGGAAGAGGUGGAGAGUCAUGCUCCACCCACGGCUGAGAUUGGAGGUAGGGGGGAACCUACUCCACCAGUACCAGAGGUGCCUACACAGCCUCCACAUGGCAUUUUUCAGCAAAUGGCCAAGUUUUUCAGACAGAUGGCUAGGGUUAUGCCACCGCCACCACCUCCAUAG